AUGGGUCUGUCAUAUGAUUCAGCUCUAAUUCAACAGAAGCAAUUUCUUGGGCUUCUUGCAAGAGCGGUGGAGAACUUCAAGAAAAUCGGCCCCAAAAAUAUCACUGUUGCCAUAGCACGCAGUCGACUCGUAAAUGUCGAAAAAUAUUGGGAACGCAUUUUGGAGCUCAACGCACAACUCGAAGAAUUAGCUACGGACGAAGAUCGUUCGGCAGAGCCAUAUUUCACCGACUGUCUUUUCUACGCCGCAGAGGAGACCUUCCUGGGAGCCUCGGACUACAUAACAGCCUGCGUAGAUAAGUUAACACCGUCUACUUCUAAUGCUACACCUCCGAUUCAUAAUUCGACCAUAAACGAAACUCAGUCGCAAAAUAAGUCUCCAUUUUUGCCGCGCAUAACUUUGCCAAAAUUUUCGGGAAAUUAUACCGAUUGGGUCAAUUUUCGAGAUAUUUUCGCUUCUCUCGUGCAUAGUAGUACAAGCCUAUCGAAUGUUGAACGCUUUCAUUAUUUAAAAUCGAGCCUAACCGGAGAUGCAGCAUUAGUACUUAAAAACAUUUCGAUUACGGACGCGAAUUAUGCUUCCGCGUGGAACACGCUCAAUUCGCGUUAUAAUAAUCCUCGUGCAAUUGUAAACGCGCAUUUGUCUGCAUUAUGCGAUCUCGCGCCAGUAAAGCACGAAAAUGCUACAGAAUUGCAAUUUUUACGCGAUCGAACAAAUGACGUCAUUGCGGCGCUCACUACGUUGGAACGACCUGUAUCCGAAUGGGACGAUUUGCUUGUAUUUUUAACAGUUAAAAAACUCGACAAACAUACGCGAAUGGAGUGGGAGUUCAAACUCGGCGAUUCUGAGGACUUCCCCUCCUAUGAUGAUUUAGAUUCGUUCUUGUCUGCGCGCAUCCGAGCGCUCGAAUCGGUGUCGUGCGUCGGUCCGUCUACUAACGCGUCGACGAAAACAAGCGGAUCGCCGCAUUCGAAAUCAACUCGCGUACUCACCGCAACCGAGAAGCAUGAACGGUGUACUCUUUGCGCAAAUGAACACCAACUGUACCAGUGUCAAAAUUUUAAAACCCUCGAGCUCGAAAGUCGAAUGAAAAUUAUCCGAGAUAACAAUCGAUGCAUAAACUGUUUGCGCGUUGGACACGCGGCCUCAAAGUGUCGAAGCAAAUUUAGAUGCGCUCGUUGCAAGGGAUUGCACCAUACGCUGCUGCAUCAGGAUCGGUCUGCUGCACCGGUGCAAUCGGUAAACCAUGCGGGAACGGCGUUAAGCCUAGACGCUAAGCCUUUUACUGAUAACACUGCAACUGGAUUUGCUGCUUCCGACAUUGAAACGUCGCUGUCUUGUCCGACUAAAAUUAAUAACGCACCAGACAAUCUUACUGCCUCUAACCCUCGGCCAUGCGGCUCAUGCAAUACGGCAGGUGGCAACGGAGUCGUAUUCCUCGCGACCGCAACUGUCGUUGUCAAGUCACCGGAAGGUCGGACCUUCCGAGCUCGCGCUUUACUCGACUCUGGAUCUGAGUCUACCUUUAUUUCAGAACACGCCGUACAAGCUUUGCGCGCGAAGCAACAUAAGACUCAUAUCGAAAUUACCGGUGUAGGUGCACAAGCACAAGGGCUUGUUCGCGCACUGACGAACAUUACUAUUGAACCGCGUGAUGGACAGGGCCCAACGAUUGCGGUUAGAGCACUAAUUCUGAAGAAAUUAUCUUCGUACAAGCCGACAGCGCAUAUUGCUCCCGGCAAAUGGCCGCAUAUAUCGGGAUUGCCGCUGGCGGAUAUUGAUCCGUCAGACCCUGUUCCCAUCGACCUCUUGAUCGGUGCGGACCUGUACGGGCAACUGCUCUUAGACGGGUUGCGCAAAGGACCGCUAGGUUCCCCUACCGCACAACGGUCCAUUUUCGGUUGGUUACUCAUCGGUCCCUCAUCCAACUACCACAGCAUCCGCACAUCCGCGACGACUUUACAUUGCUCGUCCGUAACAAACGUCGACUCGCUUCUCAAGGCAUUCUGGGAAGUCGAGGAAGUAAACACGCCAAACAUCCUUUCAGAAGAGGAUCUCCGAUGCGAGCAACAUUUCGCGUCAACGCACCAACGCUUACCAAAUGGACGGUACAUGGUGCGCCUCCCUCUGAAAGAUAUAUCAAUGCAAAUCGGCGCAACUCGCCAAGCGGCGAAACGCCUUCUUGAAAAAUCUGAAUGCCAGUUAAUUCGUCAAUUGGAAGUUUUGGGAAAAUACAAAGCGUUUAUGACCGAGUAUCGCGAUCUCGGCCAUAUGAUGCUCGCGCCACCCCACUCUUCUAAAAUCGGGACUACGGUGUAUUUGCCACACCACCCGGUCUUCAAACAACAUGACCCGUCGAGUAAAAUUAGGAUCGUCUUCAAUGCGUCACAUCGCUCAAGCGACGGAAGCACGCUUAACGAUCACUUACUUUGCGGUCCCAAGCUGCAGAGCGAUCUGCCAGCUAUAAUCCUUCGGUGGAGACAACACCGAUACAUCUACACGGCGGACAUCGAGAAGAUGUUCCGUCAAAUUCUCGUUCACCCUGACGAUCGAGACUAUCAGAGAAUCCUUUGGAGAGAUUCUCCCUCUGAACCCAUAGCGGAGUAUCAAUUAGCUACCGUUACUUACGGUACGGCCUGUGCUCCCUAUCUCGCACUACGCGUCUUGCGGCAGCUUGCUCACGAUGAGCGGGCGCAUUACCCACGUAUCGCCGGCAUCAUUGAGGAGGAUACCUACAUUGACGAUAUCUUCUUUGGUGCUGACGAUAUCCAGACCUUGCGCGAGAUGCGAACUGAACUCGUCACUCUAAUGAGCAAAGGCGGGUUCACUCUCAAGAAAUGGUACUCGAAUGAGCCAUUGCUCUUGGCGGAUAUCUCCGCUACCUCUUCCGACCCUUCCUUGCUGCUCCACUUGGAUCAGGAGGGGAGUACCAAGGUGCUCGGAAUACACUGGCAUCCAGCCACCGACUCAUUCCGGUUUUCCGUAACCGUGUCACCUACCGGAUUUCCGACGAAACGGCUCGUACUAUCGGAAAUCGCCAAGCUCUUUGACCCCUUAGGAUGGGUCUCCCCCGUCACUAUACGGGCUAAGAUCCUAUUGCAGGAGUUAUGGCUCCGAAAGGGCGAUUGGGACGAUCCACUACCCGAGGACUUAGCCAGACAGUGGCAAGAGUAUUGUCGCGAUUUGCCGGCCCUUUCUCGCAUUUCCAUCCCUAGGUGGACAGGUCAACGAAUCGAACAUGCUACCCGGGAUUUACACGGUUUCGCCGAUGCCUCAAAUCGCGCAUACGCGGCUGUAGUAUAUCAGCGCGUGCUUCACCCAACUGAUCCACCGGAAGUCACCCUGCUGGUCAGUAAGACCAAGGUGGCCCCUAUCAAGACACUGAGCAUACCCAGAUUGGAACUCUGUGCAGCGUCACUACUCGCGAAGUUAAUGUCCAACGUUGUCUCGACUGGUCGCGCUUCGGACGCAUCCCUACAUUGCUGGACCGACUCCACCGUGGUACUAAGCUGGCUUAACGAGCAUGCGUCGCGGUGGAAGACGUUCGUCGCCAAUCGAGUGUCUGACAUACAAACGCGGCUACCCACGGCUACUUGGCGCCACGUGCCAAGCAAGCAUAACCCUGCGGAUAUUGCUUCACGGGGUAUUUCACCCUCAGAGCUGGCAACCACGAUCUUUGGUGGAAUGGAUCACAGUGGCUCAAACUUGAACCUUCCGAGUGGCCACACAACCCACUCAUCACCAUACCGGACGAUGAGCUCGCCCGUAAAACCCCAACGACACAAACUGCUCACGUCAGCACGGAGGAGUGGGACCUACCCACGAAAUUCUCCACAUGGCCUCGAUUAG